AUGGAUGAGGAAGUGAACGUGAGACGUCCACGGCAUCUGCAUGGUAUCCGAUCUCGAUCCGAUGACGAGGAACAAAUAGUCGACAAGAAAAUGCGAAAGACUAUCUCAUCAGAUCACCUUUUCCAUGAUCGGCUCGACAGUCCUGACUAUCCGCCCGAAAGUCCACCAGGCAGUGUGUCGAGCAACUCAUCCAGUGAAAAGAAAAAUGAAAACGUAACAACACCAUCCCGAGCAUCGGUACGAAAGAAGAAAUAUUUUUCGGAAAGGACAAACAAAAACAUCAUCAAAAAACUGAUUCAUCCAUCCUAUCACGAGCGAGCUGGGCAAUAUCGCCGGCUCUUUGGAUCAAAAGUCGGACCAGAACCCGACGAGUUUCUUGCAUCAUUUUCCUGCGCCUAUCAACGUGAAAUACUAUGCCAAGGACGGAUGUACAUUUCACAACGUCAUAUCUGUUUUUAUGCGAACAUCUUUGGAUGGGAAACCAAUUUGGUAUUGCCCAUAGCCGAUGUGGCUGCAAUCACCAAGGAAAAGGCGGCCUUAAUUUUCCCCAACUCUUUACAGAUCGAAAUGAGAGACGAGACUAAGCAUUUCUUUGCAUCAUUCGUCAAUCGUGAGAAGUCCCUCACAGUUCUGUCUAAAGUACUGGAAAAAGUACAAUUUGGAGAGUUGAUGUCGCCUGAAGAACUUUGGGAGUACAUGAAAGGCGAUGAUGAAGAGAAGAUAGGGCCUGAAGAUGGGAUGAGCAAGGGCCCAUUUUCCGCAGCUCAAGCCUUGAUUCUGACUGGAAUUGCUGUUUCCAUUGCUCAGCAGGCAGUCGCUCUCAUUAGCGCUCAUCCUCCCAGCUCUUGCACUUAUGGCCUCCCUUUGCCGCUGACGGACAAUCAAUAG